AUGGGUUUCCUGCGACAAAUAGGCUUCUGGAAGAAGACUUCUUCGGCGGUUGUCCCGUUCGACCAGGAAGCUCUGUGCGAUAGACGCAAUGAGGUUAAGCUGCUGACUCCGGAUGCGCGGUCCAAGCUGGGGAGCACCAGCAACAGCACCGCUUGCUCCGACGAUGCAAUGCACCGCCCCGAGCUUCGCACACCCACACCCGGGUCCAGCCCAUCGGAAUCGACUUGCUCGUACGCCACUGGAUCCGCCAAUGUUUCCAUGGACCCACCGUCGAGCCCACUAGCAGACUCGGAGGACACCUUUCCGCUUUGGGAUGGACGAUCGCAGGACUUCACUGCGCUCCACCGCGGCGCAUGGAAAGAGCAUGCAGAUUGCGCAACGGUCUGGAACCUGAAGGAAACCAUUAUCCUCGACUUCAAGCUGUUGGGUGGUUUCGGCCUCAACCCUGCUCCCUCUGUGGAGGCCCUACAACACCCCCGGCUUCCGAAGUAUUCCAAUGCUAUCCCGCGCUAUCCCGGAAAGAGCGACUAUUGCAUGGAAUAUCAUUUGGAGCACUCCGCGCUUCAGUUCUUGCGUCAUUUGCAUUUGCGCUCUGUCGGAUCUAUCGACAGUCUGAUCUUCAGUCCGACCUUUGAUUCCGGACCCGGCUGCGAAAGCGGCAGCCAUAUGAGCCUGAGCUGGUGGCUCAAGAUUGUCCUUCCCGUGUCGGCCGGGAUGUAUGCAGCCAUUGCCGCAGAGUUUGGUGAGGAGACUGCAUCCCUUCUGCAGUCUACGAAGUGGGACAAGAGGCAGCGCGGGCUGCAGUCGAUUUCAGCGGUGCUCAACGGCAGUGACCUGGAAGGGGUUGCUCUGCCGGGAUCUGCGCGUGCUUCGACGAAGGGCUUGUUCCGCGAGCGAGCAGCUGCUUGGAGAGUCAGCUGCCUUGUGCUGAAUCAUGUGCUGCGGGACAAGGUUAUCCCCGUUGGCUUGACGGCCUUGGAGCUAUUUCGGGACACCUUCCAGAAUAUCGACGUGAGCAUCUCGGCUGCCCAGGUGCAGCAUGCAGUCUCCGUCCUCAUCGAGCAUGUCAUGUUCCGGAUUGGUGACUCGAAUGUGCGGUUGCAUGAAGGUGCUCGACGUGACCUCGUUUUUGCUGCGUCCCGCCAGCUUUUGGGCAUCGGAGGUGUCCUCGAUCGACUGCAGCAGCGGCUGGAAACGGCACCUCCCAAGGGAGGCGAGCGCAACAAGGUGCUGUUCGGCAUCCUCGACACGGUCGCAGAGAUCAUCCGAAGCUACUCGGAGUCAUCUUCCACUGGCCCACCCAGUCCUCACACUUGGAGCAUCGAAGUCAUCAGUGGCUUCAUUGCAGCCGGAAUGGAGGAAUCCCUUGGCCCACGUGUGCGGAAUAGCACCGUAGCCCUUGCUGCUGCGGUGUACAGACUGCGGGGCCCGAAGGUCGCCGAGACGUUGAUGGCGGGUCUCCGACCUGCAAAGAAGGCCUUGCUGAGACAGAAGUUCCAAGAGAUCGACGAGGAGAGCUGGUCUGGUGAGCCUGAUGAGGAGGAAGACUCCCAGGGAGGUGAUGUUCGGCCAGACUUGGAUGGCUGCCUUCACGUGUGUUCUGCACUACCAGCGCUUCCGGGAGUUGUUGCAGGAGAGGAAGAGUCUUUGAUGGACGGGAUUCUGGAGGAGACAGGCCUGGUUUUCAACGGAGCCGGCAUCCACAACGACGAAGCACGCCGGCGAAGUAUCCGGAAGUCAGUCUCCUUCUGCCAGGAAGAUGACAUCGUAGAGGUGGAGCAGCACCAGGACGAGGAGCUGCUUCUUGAUCACGAGGUCUGGGCGCUUGGCAUUGACGUCGAGGAGAUCGACGAGCAAGAGGCUCUGCUGAGGGAGAUCCUGAUGGGAAGCGAGGACGAAGACGAGGACACUCCACGAACACCGAUUCGUGCACCACACCACGAGGUCUUGUCUGUGGAUGCAUGCUGA